CCGCGCCGCCCUCUUCACGGGCGCGGCGCGAGCGGGGGCGGCGGCGGGUCGGGCCGGGCCGGGCCGGGCGGCGGGGGCGGGGCGGAGGCCCUGCCAGCCGCGGGGCCCGGCCGUGGGCGGCGGUGGGCCUUGGGGGUGCCGUCACCCCGCUGGCUCCGCUGACAGGACCCCCGGUGCUGCAGCGAGCGUUGCGGGAGAGGCUGCGUGCUCACACGCGGUUAGGCGAAGAAAAAAAAUUAUAAGGCCUGGAAAUGCCACUAUUUCAGUGCUGGAGACGUUGACAGGUGUGUUAUAAACACUACAGGUAUACCACAGAGGCCUGUACAGGGACGUGGAGUUUCUCACCCAAACAAGAAAGACGGCGCUUCUGGGCGAGCAGAGGGCUGCGGCCGGGCUCGUAGUGCAGGGAGAUGGGCAGGCUGCUGCGAAGGGGAUGUCUGCCACCGCUUGCACAAAGCAAAACAUGAGAAAAACGAUUCAAAGCGGUACGGCAUUUUCCAUUCAAACGGGAACGAGACAGGGGAGUCAUGCCCGACAGAAGAAAACGGUGUUCAUAAGUUGACAAAAAUAGUGAUACACGAUGAACUGAACAGCAAAUUCCAAAUUUACAUCGGGCUUAAUUACUUUAUGGAUCACGUAUCUGUGAUGGAAAACCUGCAUCCUGUAACAGCAGGAAAAAAAGCCCUGCAGGCUGCCUGCCUGCCCGCCUAACACUGCUCUCUCUGUGCUGCGCUGGGCACGUUUCAGCGGAGCCUCCGGACCCGCUGCCAGGUCCCAGGCCAGCGAGGAGGAGCCACUCGCCCGGCCCAGCUUAGGCCGCGUCCUAGGGAGCAAAACCGGCGGCGGUGGCAGCGCUCCCGAGACGCAGCAUCGGUCCUCGCAGGGAGCUGCUGGAGCUCGCCGCGGGGCCGCCCGGAAUACGGCUCCGGCGAGAUGUGCAGCGGAAAAAGCAAAUGGCUCAUAGUUAUCGGACUCCUCUUCAACAGCCUAGAAACGAUCUUUUCAGCUAACACAGGUUUCUCUAUGUCUACAUAUGAUGUGACAUCAAGAAGCAUUUAUCUCAGAUGGCCCAAGUUCUCAGGAGCCUCUUCUUACAGAGUUAAAGCUACUCCUGUGAAUACUUUAGGCCAGUCAUUAUUGGCUCAUUUUAGUGAUGUUACCCUUAAAGGUACUCUGACUCCAUUAAUUCCCAAUACUAUUUACGUUAUACAAGCAGAAGCCGUUGACAAGAACGGAAUUAUUCUGGCAGAAACACAGAUUAUGCAGUCAACAGCUCCAGACAUACCUGUUAUUGACCAAGCUUAUUCAAAGCUUAGCAACAGUAUCACAGUGGAAUGGAGAGCUGUUCCUGGGGCUACUAGUUAUCUACUGACUGCCCGAGAUGGAGAUUCCCUCACUGAAACUACAGUUACAAAUUCACCAGGCACACUGACAGGAUUGAAAGCUGCUACCCUGUACAGAAUCACCAUCAGAUCUAUAAAUUCAGGUGGAAGAAGCCAACCUUCACCUUCCAGAAAAGCAAAAACAGUCCUGGCCGCUCCAAUCCUGUCAGUAAGUUCUCCAAGUUGCGACUCCAUUGUGGUGAGCUGGAAAGCUGUGUACAUGGCAGCUGGAUUCUCCGUGUCCCUCAUGAGGUCAGAUGGUUUGGGCAGAAUGCUGAAAGAGAACAUCACCAAUACCUCCUUGAUAUUCACAGGUCUAGACCCAGGAACUCUCUAUACCAUCAAGGCACAUGCCUGGAAUGUCAAUGGGGUGCCUGGAGAUGAUUCCACAUAUAACCAAAGAACAAGUCUGAAGGCACCAACGGAUGUUCAAGUAGCUUUUAAUAGUGGCACUUUAAGAGCUAUUGUUUCUUGGAUGCCAACAGAAGGAGCUUUAACUUACAGUGUGAUAGCCUCCAAUAGACUCUUGAAAUCGAAGUGUAACAUGUCUUCUACCUCCUGCAUGGUUACAUCGCUGCAAUGUGGAUCAGAAUAUUCUGUUUUUGUCAUAGCACAUAAUGAUGCUGGAUCCAGUAAACCAACUGUUGCAGUAAACUUAACAACUAUCCCCUGUGCACCAGGAAGUAUAUCAACUGAAGAGGAUGAAACUGGUAUCCUGUUGGUAUCAUGGUCUAGUGUGAAUUUUGGUCAUUAUUAUGUGGUUUUUGUGAAAAGCGAUGAUGGCUUGGAAGUGCACUGCAACACAUCCCAUACGCAGUGCCAUUUCCAGUCAGACUGCGGCUUCACCUAUUUCAUUAGUGUCUUUGCAUAUAACAAGGCAGGGCAGAGUCCUUUAGGUGAUGUAUUCAAUUACACUACUGCACCUUGUUGCCCCAGCGACUUCAGUGCCGUGUGGGUGUCGAGCGACACGCUGGAGGUGAGCUGGUCUCCUGUCCGUGGUGCUGAAAUGUACGAAACCAAAGCUGCCGACUGGACUGGAGUGGUGCUGUGCAACGACACGGCCACAGCGUGCACCUUAUCGGCUCUGCACUGUAACACCCAGUGCAAUAUCACUGUUUAUUCUUUCAGUGAAGUCAGGGGCAGCAGUAAAUCAUGAGCAUCUAAAUAUGUGGCAACAGCUCCUUGCAGUCCUGAAAUUAAAAAUAUCUCAAAAGACGCUCUUUCUGUAAUCAGCGUGUACUGGCAAUCCAAUAAUGAUGAAGCUACAUAUAUCGUCACUGCCAGAGGAGAGGCUGGACUGUGGCACUGCACAAGCUCUGGAAACUCCUGUACCAUAAUUAACCUUCCCUGUGGAUCUGUUUUCUCUGUUAGUGCUGUAGCAAGAUCACCAGCAGGACAGAGCUUACCAAGCUACAGUGUCCCUUUAGAGACAGCUCCUUGUUGCCCUAAUGACCUGACACUAACUCAAGUGAUGCAGUCUGUAACAAAUAUCAGCUGGUCUGUUGGGAUGGGUGCACAGACAUAUGUAACGACACUGGAGUCUCCAAAAGGACAGGCCAAGUGUCACACUCUUCAAAACUAUUGUCUCCUGGGAUGCAUCACCUGUGGCACCAACUAUACAGUAUCUCUGAAAGCAAUCAGUGAAACUGGUUUGACAUCCACUUGCACAUAUCAAGGAUAUUCUUCCAGUGCUUGUUGUCCUUCUGGGGUGAAGCUAUACAGACUUGGCAAUAAUGGUAUCAGGGUACACUGGCGAGCUUCUGAAGACAUGACAACUUACAAUACUGACCUAUAUGGCUCAAAAGGCGAUUUCACCUGUGCCCCUCACUCAGGUCUAAGUCACUGUGAUAUCACUGAGAUACCUUGUGGGGAUGUCUACACAGUGGUUGUAACUCCAGCUACUGACAAAGGGAUGAAGCUUACACUUUGUCCUAAAAAAAUAUAUUCAGUAACUUGUUCUGGAAGUUCUGUUGGAAUGGUGAUUUAUAGAGGAAAAAAUGCAGAACAACAUCUCUAAAUAGAAAUUCUGUUUCAGAUAAGGAGAUGACAUCUAUGCUUAACUGCACAUCAUGCCCGCCUGAGGCCUGGGAGGAAGGAAGAUGAACAGUUAGCCAUAUCUGUUAUCUAAACCAGGACAUCAGAUUCGAGCAGCCCUAACUCUUGAGAUCAUUUUUUAAAAUGCAGAUGAACAUUUAUGUGAUACAUACAGGCACAAAGAUCUAAGUAACCUUGAACUAUAUUUUCCCUGUAAUGCAGUCAAUUUUAGAAGCUGUUUCAAGCUGGUCACUAAUCAGUAGGUGUUCUAGACCUAACGUGUCAAUGAAAAAGACUGAAAUAAAGAUUAAAAGAAUAAAAUUUAACUCAUUUUUAAAAGAAUUAGGAGCAGCAGUUUAGCUGCACUCAGAAGUAGUUUGAGGCCUCAUCAAAUAUUCUUAGGUUAUUUAAUUUUAAUUUAAAACACAAAGUAAUCAUCUGAUUAAAAUCACUGAUGUUAUUUAAUUCAUAGAUGCCUUCAUUAAAGUUUACUUAAUAGAAAACAGUUUAAGUGAAUCAUUUUUCAAGAUGAAUUGUAAUUAUGCAAAGAUAAAUAGUUACCCAAAAAAAAAAACCCUCACUGUUCCAAAAACAAAUUUUUCUAUUUGACAUAGAACAGCUCAAAAAUUAAAUAGGUUAUUUUCAGUCUACUAAAGAAACUGAUAAAAUCCCUCUGUACUUCAACUGGAUCGGGAUUUGACCCAAAGUCAUUGAAGUUUUCUAGAAGUGGUUUCCCCCACCCAACUACUGUUGCUUUGGGGGGGGGCAGGGGAGACACUGUAGAUCCUCAAGAGUGGCAUUUAAAUACUGUCUUAACCUGCUUGAUAAUUGGUGGAUCUGGAAAAGCCCUUUCACUUGUGUGGAUGUCUCCCAUAUGUAAAGUUAUCUGCACUUCAUAAAUCCAGAAAGGACUCAAGCAUCUACCAAAACCAGUGGAAGUCCCUUAAUUCCUUUAGGUUCCCUUCAAGAGCUCUUGGCUACUUGUAUACUGUCCUUGACUGAGUACAGAAAUAUUCAGCUGUAAAUAGUAAAAGCAUGAGCUCAGUAGUAUUUCUUCAUCAGCAUAUAAAUGAAGGUAUAAAAAGCAUGGAUAUGCAUGUACUAAAUACUCCCACAUAGCGAAAUCCCACAGUGAAUGGCCCUGCCAUACAGGUUACCUUUUUCAAUACACAGACAAGCAAAAUAUCACUCAUAGCAAGUUCAGAAGUCAGAUACACAUAAGUCUUUAUGUAUUUACACUGAUUACCUGCAUAGUUAUGUGGCAAUAGGUAGAUGUGAAUCUCUCAGACCACAAAUCCUGAUCGUUCCCUAAAAUAAAAGAAUGCCACGGUUUGCUACUUCUUUGUAUUUGAAAUAUGGUACAAUUAAUUAGGUAAUAUCUUUAAAAGAAAAAAGUAAAAGCAAAGUAGAGGUGCAUUUCUUAAAUUAGUAUUAGUACUCCAGAUAGUACUUAUCUUUGGAGCCACGGGAAAUUUCAAAGCCAGAUUAGGCUUCAAGAGGAAUGACUUACCUAGCUAUGUAACCACGGACACAUGCUACAGACACAUGGCACUCGGUGGGACGUGCAGGUUCAUAAUGUUCAGUCUGUUGCACUUUUACUCUAAGAUUGACAGAAUAGAAGCUGUACAGACAUACCUCCUGGGAAAACUGUUACAAUACCUCCGAUCAAAAUUAGCAGAAAUUUCCUUCUAAGGGUCAGGAGCCAAAUGCCCAUUGUGAAUGGACUGCUAGCGACUGCAUCAGACCAGUAAGCACUGGAGACCCCAUUGUUCUUUCUGGUUUUAAGGAAGACCAUAUAAAAGAAAAUGGCAUCAGACAUACAAAAAUGCAUUCAAAGAGUCUCUAGAUCCAAAACCAAGAGCUGUAAGAUAUUAAAUCUCAGCAAUGACUUAAAACAGGCGCCUUGGUUUAAAUUGUUUUUCAUGGGCCAAUGUAACUUCUAUGUCACUCACGAACAUUCUACCAUUCAUUACGUUGGUGUCUCAAGUACAUCACAUGGAUCCAAUCAACUCCAUAAGUCAGAAAGGAUUAUUUAUGGAAGAAUAAGAGCAAAGUCCUCAAACUCUUGCCCUUGUAAGAAAUACUGACAUGGGCUGAAUGGUAUUUGCACAAGCUGUAUCAAAAUGUUCACUACCCUUAUUGUAAAAAGGUGGUUCUUUCCACUUUAAAGUCAAAGAUCUUGUUUCUGACAUCUUUGGAUUUUGCCUGUAAAGAAACCAUUCCUUCAACAUAGUUCCUAACACUGACAGGGCAGAAGGAGCACUGAAGAGUGAUUUCCUUCUGUUUCCCAACUGAACCUUACAGCCUCUUGCCUGGUGAGGUCUUACAGCCUUUCUGCCUGAGGAUGUGCUCAUUUCAGACACUUACAGGCUCAAGCUCAAAAGCUAAUGAGACUGAAAGAAGCCUUCUAGUGAUGGACAAGGUGUUCCAUUAAAAAAAAAAAAAAAAGUUAACCUCAU